UUGAGGCUAUCUUUAAGUUAGAGGUCAGUGUUCAUGGACACUGAUCAGGAAAAUUUAAAAAUCGAUGAUGAUACGGCAUUGAAAACGUGGCCUCACCAUGUUCUUCUCAGUGGCAGGUAGGAGUGUGUGUGCGUGAAGAGAUGGGCAUUAGAUUUCGUGUGCACAAAUGCCCCAAUGAAAGGAAGCGUACAGAAGUUUGAAAGAUCUUAGUGAGUGAUGUCGGUCCUAAUGGCCGAGUCCGAAUACCUGUUCGCCUGCAGAUUUGUCAUGUUGGCCCGUAACUGACCCAAGGUCCUCUGAGAGGCUGAGCGAGGAAAGGGCACAGAUGGUACUUGCAGGAAGGAAACCCGCAGUGGGGAUUCCUUCCUCCAGGCUCCACGUCAAAGUGUACCUUGAUUUCUCUCACUUUAUUUAAAAGGACGGGGAAAAAAGGAGCUAAGUUUUGUGAACCAAGUGGAAGAUGCUACCUGAUUCCAGUGUUGCUGCCAUUCUUGAAGUUCUUCCAAGACACAUCUUGUGCUUUGCUCUGUUCCCUCCCCUUCCUGCUGUUUUGCUGAUAUAUCCACAAGGGAAUUGUGUGGCAGGAAGGUGCGAUUUUUAGUUCGCCCUUGAUUCCUGGUUUGCACAGCACCUGAGUGCAGCCUGCAGCCCUGGGAUUCAGCAGUCCUGUGAGUGAAAUCUUACUCUUCUCUGGCUCCAAACAAAUGCUUUGCCCACAGUGAUAUGUCCCCUGGCUUGGAAUCGGCUUUCCCCUUGCUCACUCACCAUUGACGGUGUCCCGAUCACACGUGUUCCUUCCGACCUUCAGCUCUGUCGUCACCAUGAGGGCCUGGUGGCUCCUGCUUGCUGUGGGAGUCUGUGCAGGGAGCGUGGCGUCCCAGGACACGUGCAGGCAAGGGCACUCUGGCAUCCCCGGGAAUCCUGGUCACAACGGUUUGCCUGGAAGAGAUGGACGAGACGGAGCGAAGGGAGACAAAGGGGAAGCAGGAGAACCCGGACAGCCUGGUGGUCCAGGGAAGGAUGGAAUGAAUGGAGAGAAAGGAGAGCGGGGAGCAGAUGGCAGAGUUGACGCCAAAGGCAUCAAAGGUGACCCAGGCUCCAGAGGAUCCCCCGGGAAACAUGGGCCAAAGGGAGUCGUUGGUCCCAUGGGAGAGAAGGGCCUCCGAGGAGAGGCUGGCCUCCAAGGGCAAAAGGGGCAUAAAGGUGAUGUGGGGCCCCUCGGUCCAGAAGGGCCGCAGGGCAGCAUCGGACCUUCGGGCCCAAUGGGUUUGCCUGGUCCCACAGGCCCUAUUGGAAAGCCUGGUCCCAAGGGAGAAGUGGGACCCUGGGGGCCCCAGGGUGAGCCGGGAGUCCGGGGAAUGAGAGGCUGGAAAGGGGAUCGAGGAGAAAAAGGGAAAAUCGGCGAGACGCCAGUCUUGCCAAAAAGUGCUUUCACUGUGGGGCUCACGGUGCUGAGCAAGUUUCCUCCUUCAGACGCACCCGUGAGAUUUGACAGAAUCCUGUAUAACGAAUUCAACCAUUUCGACGUAGCCACAGGGAAAUUCACUUGCCACAUUGCCGGGGUCUAUUACUUCACCUACCACAUCACUGUUUUCUCCAGGAAUGUGCGGGUAUCUUUGGUCAAAAAUGGGGUAAAGCUACUGCACACCAAGGACGGGUACAUGAGCUCGGAGGACCAGGCCUCGGGGGGCAUCGUGCUGCAGCUGAAGCUGGGGGACGAGGUGUGGCUGCAGGCGGCGGGCGGGGAGAGGUUUAACGGCUUGUUUGCCGACGAGGAUGACGACACCACCUUCACAGGCUUCCUUUUGUUCAGCAGCUGAUGCCGGAGGCGCAUUCGUGCAUCUGCCUCCUCAUCCGUCAGAAUCAGCUCGGUGAAGCCGCUGUUAGACGAUUACUCUCUUAAUCGCUCUCAUUAUGAUAAUAAUCACAAAAAGGUGAAAUAGGAUAGUUAUUCCUAAAACUGAUCCCGUGUACCUUACGUCUCUCCAAGAAUACAGUUUAAAAUACUUGGCAGUGUUUAUUAUAAUGUAUGUAAUAUUUUUUAUCAUUCCCGUUAUCUGAAGAAUCCUUUGGGUGUGUUUUUUUUUUUUUUUGUGGGAAGUGCUUUGGUAUCAUUUUAGUGCUUGAAGGAGCCGUAUCGUGAUUUUUCUCACAUCUGAAUUUCCGAGGACAUUAGGGAAAAAGAAAAUGAAAAUGUUUAUAUUCCACGUAGUGACUAAUGGAAGUUUUAAGCUGGCGACAGUGACAUGUCCCAGGAGCUGCAGACAGUCUGCACAUUUUCUAACUUAGGCUUUGAUGGCCAUCAAUUCAACAGAUAGUUCGUUUAGUAAACCGAUUGCCAGGCUAGAAUCGGUAUUAGUCCCCAAGGGCUGCCAUUAAUGCAAUAACACAAACUGUGGGGCUUCAAGCAAGAGACCUUCACUCUUUCAGCUCUGGAGGCCACAGAAACCGAAAUCAAGGCGUUGGCAGAGCCGGGCUCUCUCCAAAGCCCCGAAGAAAGACUCUCCCCUUGCUGCCCCUAGCUUUCGGUAAGCCCAGAUGCCCUGUGGCUUGAGGAAGCAUCAGGCCAAGCUCUACCUCUGUUAUUGCCUCUGUGUCUGUCCAAGUAUGAAUUUCCCCCUUAUAAGGACUCUGGUCAUAUUGGGGUUAGGCGAACCCUAACCCAGUACGACCUCCCUGUAACCUGAUCACAUCUGCAAAGACUGUUUCCAAAUAAGGCCACGUGCGCAGAUACCAAGGCUUCAACAUGUCUUUCUGGGAGACACAAUUCAACCCAUAACAGCCUGCCCUCCCCCCAGAUUCAUGUCCUUCCAGGUGCAAAAUACCUUCACCCCAUCCCAACAUCCCCCAAGGGCUUAACGAUUUCAGCAUCAGCUCUAACAAUCUCAUCUAAAUAUCAACUCAGUGUCCCAGUCUCAUCAUCUAAAUCAUUUAAGUCAGUGAGAGACCUACUGUGUGGGUCAUCCAGGGAAAAAUUCUUCAUCCGUGAACCUGUGAGGCCAGGGUGGGCAAGGCAUGGGGCAGAGUCACAGAGGCAGAGGCAGGAAGAGGAAAAGAUCAGGGUUCCAAACAAGCCCACACCCAGCAGGGCCAAGCCCAUUCGAUUCUUUUUCACUGUUUACCUCGUAACAUUUAAAAUGAGCGAUGCAAAAGAAAACGGCUAUUGGACGGAGACACCAGAGUCAGAGCUGGAAGGAGAGGAGGGGGAUGAAUUUAUCAUGUCAAUGGGGUAAAAGGGAAACCUGCCCUCAGGCCACGUGGGCACUUCUUGCUCAGAAAGUACCACCCACUGCCUGACCUCUCAGGAAAAGUGUCCCAGUGCCACUCAGGUGAAGUCUUUCACGUGCUGUGGACUCUGUACUCUGGGUGGGUGUGGGAUUCAGGCCUGGCUGAUUGGAAGAGCACCUCCUUCUGGUCCUGGUAACUACUUCCAAGAUGGUAUUUGAUCCGACCAGAGCCAAUGAGACUCCGCCUACCGCUGUGGAAGGCCUAUUGAGAAAAAGGCAAGACCUUUUCCAGCUGGCAGCUCUCUUGCUCAUCCGUAGAGACUGACAGUAAAGCCAAACAGAGCAGGAGAUAACAGGAACUGAUGACAUUGUUUGGGCCCUUAAAUCCAGCUGCACCUGAAGGCAGAGAUACCCCUGCACUGUUCUGUGUGAGCCAACAGAUGCUGGUGCCUUAAACAGGUCUGGUGCAAGUCUUUGUUAUCAUUGUUGCUACUAUUGCUUUUGUUUACAAGAAUCUUAAAUGGUCUAGGGUCCAAGGAGAGGGUCAGCUUGACUAUAGUAGAAAAAGCCCAAGAGGGAGAAUCGAGACGUGUGGCUGUUCCAGUUAUGACGAAGGAAUCUGAGUUGGGUGCGUUACGUAUCCUGUGUCCCACCUGGUCUCUUAUUGCGCAACAGUGGUUGAACUGAAUCAUUCUGUAUGGUCCCAAUCCUCCUCUGAAACUCUGGGCAUAUUACUUAGGUCUCUGUUGACUUGAUGUACUUUCCUACUAGUGGAGAGCAAUUAAUAAUGAAGCCAAAGGACACACACUUAGUGCAUAUUCAGGCUGCAGCAUUUUCCAAACCACAGCCUGGACGUGUUCUCUCACAGUGCCCCCUGAAAUUGGGUCGUACAAUAAACCAUUCUAUCCAUACUCCAAUUGAGUCAACACGGUUGUGAUACCUUCAUUCCCUGGGAAAAUGGGAUUUCUCUGCAUUAUCGUUAUAGGCAGGCAACACUGCUGGCGAAGAAAUAUUGAAAAGUUACUUUGUGGUAAUGGAAAAUUAUAGAAACAUACAGAAAUAAUUUCUGUUCAUAGGCAUUUUAUUGCCUUUCCUUAAUUUACGUUUCUUCCAGAACAGAGCCAGGAAGAGGGUGCAGCAAGUGAGGCCCCCAGGGGUUCCAGUUGCCGGAGGCGCUCACUGCAUGCCCGGGGCGAGAGCGAGCCCCUCCAGCAGUUCUGUACCCCGGCUGCUCCACUUGCUGCUCUAAUUCCCCU